AUGUGGAUGAAAAAAGUGGUUUUUUUUUUGUUCUGGAGAGCAACUGAUGGAAAUAAUCAACGAGUUUUAUCUUUGAAAGGCAAACUUUGGAACUCUUCAUGUGAUGUAAAUGAAGAAUGCAAAACCUCUUACUGCCAUCCUGAAAAUCAAGUGUGUAAUUGUCCUGUGUACUCAGAAAUUGAUUUAGUUAAUGAAGUAUGUGUUGAAAAACAAGCAAAACCAACACCAGAAAAGCAACAAUCGUGGUUGAUCCCUGUCCUGCUGCUUAUUAUCAUACUGAUAAUAAUACUUAUUGCUGUCAUCGUUAUAUUCGCUAGAAAGAAGGGAUACAUUCUAUGGAGGACUGGAAAUGAUGCCACGUUUACAUAUUCGGAGCUAAUGUCAUCAUCCAACCCAUUGUAUGCAUAUAAUACAGACGACAAGAGUUCGCAUCGAGGUUCUGUAAUUUCUAUAAACCAAGCAGCGGAUAGUACCCACGGAAUACGUCUGAGUACAUUUGGAGAUACCUAUGAGAGUUUGUAUGAUGAUGUUAGUUGGCCAGAAGAAGAAUUUAGGAGUAUACUGAGAUCCUGCGAGCAGAGACCUACAGACAUCGGAGCAGCAUCGCAAAACAGACAGAAAAACAGAAGCAGAGAUGUCUUGCCUUACGACUACAACAGAUUGAGGGAAUCCGGUACAACCAGUGUGAACGACUACAUCAACGCAAGUGUUAUAGAGGGUCUACAUAGUCACUACCCUUAUUACAUCGUGACACAAUAUCCACUCAUUUCAACUCAAAAUGACUUUUUGAGGAUGGUGUGGAAGCAAAGAGUAGCAUCGAUUAUUAGUCUUGUUUCCAGCAGUGAAAAGGAAGUAUACUUUCCAACAAGAACUGGUAUGACAAGAACUUUUGGUAAAGUCAAGGUGCAAACGCUGUCAACAUUAACUGUUCACAGGUGUACAUUCCGAUGUUUAAAGAUUGUGAAGGGGUCAAAGAGCCACACAGUUAAUCAUUUUCAGUCAUCGUUUCUCUCAAAUUUUACGAAAGAUGAGUGUUCCGAUCUUUUGAAUCUCAUUAAUCUUGUACAUUCCAAUUCUGAGGAGGGGUAUGAUAGCAGACCACUUGUGAUACACUGUCUGAAUGGAACUGGUAGAUCUGGUAUCUUCGUUGCCAUGGAUUAUCUUAUACAGCUCAUUAGGAAUGGUGAUACUCAUGUUGACAUUUACAACCUCACACACGUCCUGAUCGCAAAUAGGGAGAAAUUAAUAGAAAACGAGACACAGUAUCAGUUCCUGUAUGACUGUGUAGAAUUAUAUUUGGACCACGAGAAGAAAAGCCCACCUCUUAAAAUGCCAGAGGCUAAUCCUACGGAAGAGGAAGAUGUUGGACUUAUUGAACUGUCUCCUACUGAUAAGACCACAUUCUUUACUAAGAAGUACUGAGGAAAAAUGCCUUUUAAGUUUAAGAAAUGUUCUGAAAUACCAGAAAAAUUAUCCAUAGAACAUUAUGCAAUGCAAUGGGCACAACUACUAUUUCUUGAUUCCGCAUAUUUUACUUACCGAGAAAAACUUGUUAGCUUUAUAAUCUUAUUUUGUAUAAAAUACAUACAGUAUUUUGGAAAACUUGUUAAAUGCCUAAAUAUAUUAAUUUUAAAAAUUAAAGAAUGAGUGAUUAUAACAAAUAUUAUAAAGCGGAUGAUGAAUAACAAGCUUUUGUAUACUGGCAGGGUUACGUUUUAGUCACUCUGUACU